GAGAGUAAAAGAACAUCAAAACCAAAGACUUAAUUUUUUUUGACAUGGGUACAUUGGGAUUUUAAUAUAUUUGAAUAUUUUAUUAUGGAUUUUUUGUCUUUCAUUCCUUGCCAAAAACAGUGAAAUCUCAUGAAAGUCUAGGACUUUUCAGGGUCACCUUCUUCAAUCAAAGAGGACCCUUUUUUCCUAUUUUAUUUUUUAUUUUCUUAAAAAGAAAGAAAAAAAAUUCGAUUUUUAUUUUUUUUGGUUUCUAUUUUGCCCUGUUCAUGGAUCCCAAGGGCUCAAAGCAACCUCAGGAGGUCCCCAACUUCUUGAGCCUCCCUCAGCAACAACAACAACAACAAUCACAACCCAGUACCAAUAUGGGAGAGAAUAAACCAGCUGAAAUCAAGGAUUUUCAGAUUGUGGUUGCAGACAAAGAUGAGAGCAAAAAGCAGUUAGCACCGAAGAGGAGUUCAAACAAAGAUAGGCACACGAAAGUGGAAGGAAGAGGAAGGAGGAUAAGGAUGCCAGCCUUAUGUGCAGCAAGGAUUUUUCAGUUGACCAGAGAAUUGGGUCAUAAAUCUGAUGGUGAGACCAUUCAGUGGCUUUUACAACAGGCGGAGCCGUCGAUAAUAGCAGCCACCGGGUCCGGGACUAUACCUGCUUCAGCUUUGGCAGCCGCUGGGGGCUCUGUUUCACAGCAGGGUGCCUCUCUUUCAGCUGGGUUACACCAAAAGAUUGAUGAGUUAGGGGGGUCCGGUAUUAUUGGGUCAGGAGGGAGUAGUAGGACCAGUUGGGCAAUGGUAGGUGGAAAUUUGGGGAGACCCCAUGUGGCCACAGGGAUAUGGCCCCCUACUGUCAGUGGGUUUGGAUUUCAGUCAUCUUCUGGUCCAUCAACAACAAAUUUGGGAAGUGAAAGCUCAAAUUAUCUGCAAAAAAUUGGCUUUUCUGGGUUUGACUUGCCAGUCACCAACAUGGGUCCUAUGAGUUUCACCUCAAUUUUGGGUGGGAACAACCAGCAGCUUCCUGGAUUGGAGCUUGGGCUGUCUCAGGAUGGUCAUAUUGGGGUUUUGAACCCUCAAGCUUUGUCCCAGAUGUAUCAGCAGAUGGGUCAGGCUAGAGUGCACCAGCAACAGCAACAGCAACAGCAGCAUCAGCAGCAUCAUCAACAACAUCAGCAUCAACAUCAACAUCAACAACCUCCUGCUAAGGAUGAUUCUCAGGGCUCAGGACAGUAGAUUUGGAGACAUAUCAAGAUUGUUAUGAGUUUGGGAAAACAUGUUGGAGCCAGCAUUUGUUGGGAGGCUGAGUUUUAUAUUUUUUAUUUUCUUAAUGGUUUUUGUGUUGUAUAAUUGGAAAGAAUAUGAGGAGAAAAAGAGAGAAAGAUAGAGAUACUUGAGAGAAUUCAAUAGAAAAUGGAUUUGGUUUGCCCUUCUUCUUUCUCCUUUGCAUGGCUCAUGUCUCCAUAUGCAGGUGAAAUUGUGCACUGCCCAUAUAGCAUCGGUUUGAGCUUAACUUCUUUGAUUCAAAGGUGUGUUGAGUAUAGUGUAAGGCAUCUAUAAUUAUUUUGUUCUGCUCUAGUUCUGAAAGGAGUGAUCCUCAGUUUGUUUGUGAAAGUUUUAAACGUAGAGUUAUAUAGUCAUACUUCUCCAA